CAUUUCUCUUUAAUGGUGCCCCAUCUUUACAAAAUAUACUGUAUACUAUAAACAAACUUAAAACCCUGAGGAAACACACACACGCACACAAAACCCUUAAAGAAAAAAAAAAAAUACUUACAUACAUACACAUAAAACAUAUAUCAUUGGUUCUGUUUUUUCAUAGGAUAUCAUUCAAACUGCAGAGCCUUUAUUGCUUUCUGCUAUCUUUAUUUUUUCUCUUUCUGAGUAAGAAAAACGCUUGAAGCUUGAGCUUUCGAAAAUAUGGCACCAAAGAAUGGACGUGGAAAGACAAAGGGAGAUAAGAAGAAGAAGGAAGAGAAGGUUCUCCCAGUUGUUGUGGAUAUAACAGUGACUCUUCCUGAUGACACUCAUGUUAUAUUAAAGGGAAUAUCAACUGAUAGAAUUAUAGACAUUCGUCGACUAUUAUCAGUGAAUACAAUAACCUGCAACAUCACAAACUUUUCAUUAUCUCAUGAGGUAAGAGGCCCACACCUGAAAGAUACGGUGGACGUCGCCGCAUUGAAGCCCUGCACACUCAAUCUCAUUGAAGAGGAUUAUGACGUUGAAACCGCUACAGCACACGUGAGACGGUUGUUAGACAUCGUCGCUUGUACGACGUCGUUUGGACCGUCGCCGGUGAUCAAGGAAGAUUCCGGCAAGACCUUGCCGGAAAAUAAAGCGGCAAAGAAAUCGAACAAAUCGCAACAAAACAAUAAGAGAACGUCGCCGCCGCCUCGGGGACCGGAACAACCGCCGGCGGCGAAAGAUGUUUCCGUCGACGGAGAAGGAGAGCUGAGCAAUUCGUGCCCUAAGCUUGGCAGCUUUUAUGAAUUCUUUUCUCUUUCUCAUCUCACUCCUCCUAUUCAGUAUUUAAGGAGGGCGACAAGGCAAAUAGAAGAUGGAAUUUUAAUUAAAAAUCAUCUUUUCUCACUUGAAGUGAAAUUGUGCCACGGAAAGCCUGUACAUAUUGAGGUUUGCAGAAAUGGGUUCUGGAGCAUCGGAAAGCAGCGGAUUUUGUGUCACAAUCUUGUUGAUUUGCUGCGUCGACUUAGUAGAGCGUUUGAUAACGCUUACGAAGAUCUCAUUAAAGCAUUCAUCGAAAGGAAUAAGUUUGGGAAUCUUCCGUAUGGUUUCAGAGCCAACACAUGGCUCAUACCUCCUGUUGCAGCGCAAGUGCCUUCCGUUUUCCCAUCUCUUCCUGCAGAGGAUGAAAGUUGGGGCGGAAAUGGGGGUGGAUUAGGUAGAGAUGGCAAAAGUGAUUUGCAUCCUUGGGCUAGUGAAUUUUCUUAUGUUGCGUCUAUGUCUUGCAAGACAGCAGAAGAUAGGCAGAUUCGAGACAGAAAAGCGUUCCUAUUGCAUAGCUUAUUUGUUGAUGUUGCCAUUUUCAAAGCUAUAAAAGCCAUUCACCAGAUAAUGGAAAAGGCAAAUGCAGAUAGUUCUGUUUUAAUUGGUGAAACUAUACAUACAGAGCGUGUCGGGGACUUGAGAGUCACCGUCUUUAAGGACUCCCCAGAUGCUAGCUGCAAAGUAGAUACAAAGAUUGAUGGAUCCCACACAAUUGGGGUGGAAAAAGAAAGCUUGGUGGAGAGAAAUUUACUGAAAGGCAUCACUGCUGAUGAGAACACUGCUGCUCAUGAUAUUGCUACUCUAGGAGUUGUCAACGUAAGGUAUUGUGGUUAUACUGCUGUUGUGAAAGUUGAGGAGAGAGAGGAUGAUAACAAAGUUUCUCCAUUGCCAUACAUUGAGCUUCUUGAUCAGCCUGAUGGAGGAGCCUGCGCCCUCAAUAUUAACAGUUUGAGGUUGUUGCUUCAUAAAAAAACUUCACAACACAAUCAUGUUCACCCUAACUGUAAAAGACCUGAAAAUGAAGACCUCAGUACUUCCACAGUUUCUGUUCAGAAGUUAUUACAGGAGAGUCUAAGUAAGCUCCAGGAAGAGUGUGUUGGAAGUGAUACUUUUACAAGAUGGGAACUUGGAGCUUGUUGGAUACAACAUUUACAAGAUCAAAAGAAAACAGAGAAUGAAAAGAAAGUUUCCAGUGAAAAAGCGAAAAAUGAGAUGAGGGUUGAGGGGCUUGGGAAGCCUCUUCGAUCCCUCAAGAACAAGAAAAAGGAUUCAGAGGAAAAAAUUACAGAAUCAAAAGUUUCUGAUGCCAAUGGGGAAGUGGAGAAAUCUGUGUUAGAGCUUUCAGAAUCUCAGGUUGAGGCCAAUGCAACUGAAAACGAGGUUGCUCUAAAGAACCUGUUAUCGGAUGCUGCUUUUACCAGGCUUAAAGAGUCAGAAACUGGACUCCAUUGCAAGUCUUUGGUGGAGCUGAUUGACCAAUCUCAAAAAUAUUACAAUGAUGUUGCUCUUCCGAAAUUGGUUGCUGAUUUUGGUUCAUUGGAACUAUCACCAGUUGAUGGGCGAACUCUAACUGAUUUCAUGCAUACACGAGGUCUACGCAUGCGUUCUCUAGGACAAGUGGUUAAACUUUCAGAAAAGUUAUCACAUGUGCAAUCUCUGUGCAUACAUGAAAUGAUAGUACGAGCUUUUAAGCACAUUCUACAGGCAGUGAUUGCUAGUGUUUCUAAACCUGAAGAAAUGGCUGAUGCAAUUGCUGCUGCACUGAAUCUGAUGCUUGGUGUUCCUGAAAGUGAGCAAUCUGUUGGUUCUCUAACAAAAACAUGGCUAGAAGUUUUCUUGAAGAAACGAUAUGACUGGGAUCUUGCCACCUUUAACUACACAGAACUCAGAAAAAUUGCUAUACUACGUGGGUUAUGCCAUAAGGUUGGCGUGGAGCUGGUUCCAAGAGAUUUUGAUAUGACUUCUCCCCAUCCUUUCAAAAAAGAGGAUAUCAUCAGCUUAGUACCAGUGCAUAAGCAAGCAGCAUGCUCAUCUGCUGAUGGACGCCAACUCCUGGAAUCAUCAAAAACAGCUCUGGACAAGGGAAAGCUGGAAGAUGCGGUUAGCUAUGGGACAAAGGCUCUUGCAAAGUUAGUUUCUGUGUGUGGUCCGUAUCACCGAAUAACAGCAGGAGCUUAUAGCCUACUCGCUGUAGUUUUGUAUCACACUGGUGACUUUAAUCAGGCCACAAUCUACCAACAAAAAGCUUUGGACAUCAACGAGAGAGAACUGGGACUGGAUCAUCCUGAUACCAUGAAAAGUUACGGGGAUCUUGCUGUCUUCUACUAUCGCCUUCAACAUACAGAGUUGGCUCUCAAGUAUGUAAAACGGGCAUUGUAUCUACUACAUCUUACUUGUGGGCCAUCACAUCCAAAUACGGCUGCAACAUACAUCAAUGUUGCUAUGAUGGAGGAAGGCCUGGGAAAUGUUCAUGUCGCCCUCAGAUAUCUCCAAAAAGCUCUCAAGUGUAACCAAAAGUUACUCGGCCCAGACCAUAUCCAGACUGCUGCAAGUUAUCAUGCCAUAGCUAUUGCACUCUCUUUAAUGGAAGCUUACCCUCUGAGUGUUCAGCAUGAACAAACAACCUUGCAGAUACUACGCGCAAAGCUGGGCCCUGAUGAUCUACGUACACAGGAUGCUGCUGCAUGGUUGGAGUAUUUUGAAUCCAAGGCUCUAGAACAGCAAGAAGCUGCAAGAAACGGAACUCGGAAACCUGAUGCAUCUAUAGCUAGCAAAGGUCAUCUUAGUGUAUCAGAUUUGCUUGACUAUAUUAAUCCAAGCCAUGAUGGCCAGACGGAUGGUGUGGGUUUAAAAAGAAAAAGCUAUAUCCAAAAGUUGAAGGGGAAAUCUUACCAAAACUUGGAGCUGGCAAAUUCUGAUGACACAUCUCCAAAAAAUCUUGUGAAAGAAGUUUCAAAUGAAGAGAAACAAGAGCCAGAACCAGCCCUUGAACAUAACAAACUGGUGAACGAAGAACUCGACUUUCCGCCCGUUGACCCAAGCCCACCUAUCAAAGAAGAACACGCCGAAGAAGAACCAAUUCCGCAAUUGGCGGAAAUUGUUGCACAGGAUCAUCUUAUUGCCAAUGAUAUCUUUCCGGAAGGAGAAGAAGGAUGGCAACCAGUUCAGAGACCACGAUCGGCAGGCUCAUAUGGACGGCGACUACGCCAGAGAAAGGCAGCUUUCAACAAAGUGUACAGCUAUCAAAAGAAAGAUUUACUCCAUGAAUCUGAAGAUAAAUUGAAGAAUAACUUGCAAAAUGGUAAGUAUCACUUUAUAAAAAAACGGGCAAGUUAUGUCGAUUACCAUGCUGCAAAGGUUCCCUCUCAAAAUCAUAAAUUUGGAAGAAGAAUUGUCAAGGCUUUGACAUAUAGAGUUAAAUCAAUGCCAUCAUCGGCUACAGAAGAAAACUGUACAAGUGGUAAUGAGGAAUCUAAUGCAUCAUGUGAAGUGCCCCCCACACAAAUGACAAAAGAAGUAGGACAUGUACCAACGAGAAGCUCUUUACUUAGUCUUGGAAAAUCUCUUUCUUACAAAGAAGUAGCUCUGGCCCCACCAGGUACUAUUUCUAUGCUGCAGUUUGAGUCACAAAGUGAUAUUCCUGAUGACAAGGAAAUUGAUAAUGGUAAACAUGAAGAAUCCGUCAAACCAAUAGAAAGUUUUGAGUCUGCAAUCAAGGUUGAAAAAGUCGAGGAAGUUGGGAAUUCGAAAGAUGAACCAGAAGGUCUUUCCGAAACAGAAGAAACUCGUCUGAUAGAAAUUGAACCUACAGAGACUAUACCUGAAACUGUAAAUGUGGUGGAACUCAAUUCUUCCAAUUUUGUGGAGUCUGAUAAGAUAAUAGACAAAAGUGUCAUUGACAUGCCAAUUCCUGUUAUUUCCUCUAAUGUAGAGGAUUCAUGUACCGAUGUUAAGCCUAGUGAUGAUUCCGCAGUUGCUUCAUAUGAUAAGUCAACAAUUACUUCUCCAAAUAAGAGGUUAUCUGCAUCAGCUACUCCAUUUAACCCAUCACCACCUAUCCGUGUUGCUCCAAUCUCCAUGAACAUUGGUCCUACCCCAUGGCAAAUGAACAUGGCUCUUCAUCCCAGACCCGGAGUAAAUCCAUUGGUCUCCUCUCCUCACCAACCGUACCCUACACCACCAGCUACCCCGAAUUUGAUUCACCCAUUGCCUCUUAUGUACUCUCCCCCAUAUACACAAGCCCCGUCAUUGCCAAUGACCAGCAGUCCAUUUCAUCCUAAUCAUUUUGCAUGGCAAUGCAAUAUGGGUGCUAAUGGGUUACAGUAUGUUAGUGGGCCUGUUUGGUCCAACUGCCACCCUGUGGAGUUCUCUAUCUCACCGCCAGCAGUAAGACCCAUUUUUGAUCCAAAUGUGGAUACAAAACAGGAACAAGUAAGUGGAACUCCUAAUUCAGUAAUAGGGGUUGAUAGUGCGGAUGAUGCUAAACAAGAAGAAGCCAAUCUACAAGAAGAAGCCAAUCUUCGAGCAACAAAAAUUAUUAAUGAAAUUGUUGGGGUAGGUCAAUCAGAGAAUGUUGGUUUAAACUGGAAUCUGGAAAGCAAUGGUGAUAAAUAUGUGCAAAGACCACCUAAAAAAGUUGAGACUGAAAAGACGUUUAACAUCUUAUUCAGGGGAGGAAGAAACCGAAAGCAGACUUUGAGAAUGCCAAUUAGUUUGCUGAACAAACCAUAUAAAUCCCAGUCUUUCAAAGUCGCAUAUAGCAGAUUAAUUAGAGAAGGUCCAAAGUCUGCCAACUUCUCUGCUGACGAAAAUGAAGCAGCAGCUGCUACAUAAGGCUGUGUCUCAUGUAUGUAGUUCCAUAGUUUUGCCACGUGGUCACAAGUUUUGGUGCCUUGGAUCAUGUGGUUUUCCGUUGUGAAGUUACAUGGAUCUCCAAUCAUCACUUCAAGAGAAUUUACAGGUUCAAAAGCGUGCAGAAUUUCAGAGCUGUCGGAUAUUGGCAAGAACAAGGUUUAAGAAAUUUUGGAUUAUUGGUUCAUCUCCUUAGAAGACUAAAUUGGGUUAUAGUUUGUUCUUUUGAUGAUUAAAUUGGAUUGAUUUGUAUAUGAUACCAUUUUUGUUGAAGCUGAGAUUUGAUUUAGACUCAACUGCAUUCAAAAUCUCCUGGUGAACCAUGCAAAACUGCUGCUGAUCCUAAUAAUAGAAGAAAUUUAGUUUUUCUC